AUGAAGCAAUUUUUGGCACAAAACGAAACAAUAACAACAAUACAUCUUGAAAAGAAGGCACAAUCGGGUAACACCAGCAUUAAAAAAACCAAUGUUUCGUAUAACACCACGACAACAAUUUGCGGCGCCUAUGCUGAUGUGAGUCGAUGCAUCGUUGGUGACGACAAAUUGAAUGUUAUUGCCAGCGAUGAAAGAAAAGUGACACCAGCAUAG